AUGCAAUCUCUCGACGUUUUUGCCGGAGGGUCUGGAGAUGACCAUGAUGGCGACGACUACUCCCCACCCCCCAAGGACGACAAGGGCAAGGGCAGCGACAAGGGCGACAAGAAUGACCGUAAAGGGGUCAUCAAUCGCGUGAACCGCGCAUGUAACAAUUGCAGGAGAAUGAAGAUGCGAUGUGUUGGCGCCGAAGAUCCUCCGUGCAAGCGAUGCAGGAACAGCAACUUGGAGUGCAUCAUGGAGAAGCCUGGCAGGCCAACUGGCGACGGCUUUGGCGAAGAAAUCCGGUCUCUCGAGUCACAGGUCACCAGCAUCCAGAACACUUUGAGCGAUCUCGUUCAAACCCUGCGAACCAACAUGACGGGGUCCAGCGCUGCCUCCAAUGGGUCUAGCCAUACCCCUCCCGUCCCAUCAACCACAACGCCAGACUACACCAAUCUUGGUGGCAUUGCACCCAGCACAGUUCAACCCCCUCCCGGCACCUCUCCUCGCUCUGCGCCAGCCUUCCACCCACUCACUGCGCUAGCAGCCCAGCCUCGCUUCCCUCAGGGAGUCCCGUCUCCAGGGCAAGGAGUCCUUGGAAGACCAUCACCUCAAGGAACCACUUACAAUCCAUACGCGACGUCCUCGGCAACUGUUGGGCUCGGCGACAACUCGACGGGAGCCGGUACGGGAACUCGGAGGCCCAGCGACGUGUCUAGCCCGCAUCCUCUGGGUGGUGGCGAUGCUUCAGUCUUUCGACGACCUCUGCCUCCUCCUUCGUCCUCUGGCUCUGCUGGAUCGCCAUGGCAGGUAUUUGCUACUCCGGGCGCAAAUCCCAGCAAUCAGCAUCUUUCGCUUCCACCUUCUCGGGCCGGGAGUGAAACGCCGGAGGACUUCCUUGCUCCGGACGACAUUGUUGGUCCUCUUGGGGCAAUGUCCAAUAUGGCAGGCCUCGUCGAGGCAGCUGUGGAGCGUGCUCGCGAAGAGCGCUCUUCCAUCUCCUCACCUGUGGGAGCCAAGCGGUCGAGCCUGGCCGAAGGCGAUGGUUCUACCGACGAUCGAGGAACCAAGAGGGCGAGGUUCGGCUCCAACAUUCCGGCAGUGGUCGAGGCACAGGGUCUUCCCCAGACCUUGGCCCCGACAAAGCCAAAGUCCAAGGUCAAGAGGACUCACGUCCAUGCCUAUCCAGACUGUGUCGACUCUGGCUUUGUCUCCGAGGAAGAGGCUCGCGAGCUUAUGGGAAUCUACUACGCGGGUUCCAGCAACUUCAUCCCUUGCUACGAUCCCAACUUUGACACCUGGGAGUCGCUCAAGAUCCGGUCUCCUUUUAGCAUCACCGUGAUGGUGAUGGUUGGCGCCAGAGUCCGCGACGGUGGUGGACCUGUUGGCGACACUCAACGGGCUUGCCGCGAGCACGCCCAGAUGAUCGCCCAGGGCACUAUGUUCAACCCUGUUGCACGGAUCGAGGCAGUUCAGGCCAUGAGUAUCCUGGCGGCGUUCAGCGACAACGGAUGGCUUUCCGGCGGCCACUCUGUGCGCAUGGCUCUGGACAUGGGCAUCAACAAGAGCUUCAUCAAGCUGCUCCGUAGUGGAAUGGGCAAGGGCAAGACACCAGAGGAGCUCGAGGAGGAACGUCCCCUUGUCGUCCACUCACGCGUUUGGUUCUGCCUCUACCUGAUGGAGCACCAGAUGGCGUAUGGCAUGGGUCGCCCCGCCAUUCUCCGCGAAGACGAGUCGAUUCACCAGUGUCGUCGCCUUCUGGAACACCCUCUGUCCAUCACUUCGGACGCGCGUCUUAUCUCCACUGUCGAGCUCACGGCCUUGCGAGCACCCCUCCAUGUCGAACUUACCGCUGCUCCCGACCUGCCGGUCGAUCAGCACACACUCAAGCGCCUCAAGCAGGCCAACCACGAGUUUGACUCUUGGGAGCGAUACUGGGACCGCGUGCUAUCCGAUCGGUUCGGUAAGGGCAAGGGCGACUUUUUCCGGGAGUCUCUCGCCAUCCAACGCCAGUAUGCCGAGCUGUUUGUCAACUCGCAGCUACUGAGGGGCAUUCGUGAGCCCUCGGACAUUGUUUCUAUGACCGACGAGAAGCGUACUCUUGCGCUUCGUGCCAUGAAGAAUGCGCAGCACUGCCUGGAGAUCUGUCUUAAGGGAGACAACUACCGCAACGGCCUCCGCUAUGCCGUACACUACACUCACGUCUGUGCCGCGUUCGCUGCAUCUUUCCUCAUUCGCAUUGCCCGCCUCUUCCCCCAGGAGCUCAACUUGAAGAAGACUGCCAAGGACGUCGAGGAGCUUGCGAGGGUGCUGUCUGAAGUCCCUGCUGGCCGUUACGCGCGUUCCCUCCGUCUCAUCCUUCGCCGCGCUCGCCGCGCAAAGGUCAUUCCUGCCGCCUCGGGCCACGCCUCCCCGACCAAGUUCAGCCACAUUAUGCCCAUGACGAGCAUCAGCGCGUCGCCUGCUGUUCCGGCAUUCUCUCCGUCGUCUGUUGUCAACGCAGCCUACCUGCCUACGCCCGGAGGACCCACUCCUGGUGGACCCUCGCUGUCUCCCAGCAACCUCAUCUUCAGCGCCACCUCGCAGAUUCUCGAGGACUCGCCCCAAUCGGCACAGGAGAUCAGCGAGUUUGACUUUUUGUUCGCGCAGGAGAACCUCGAGCGCUCGGGACUGCAGCUCGGCGAGGGCGACCCUCUUCCUCUGUUCUUGGAUGGCCAUUCGCUCGGAAACGCGCUGGCGUCGACAGACAUGGCACCCUUUGUCGGCCUCGAGCACUUCUUCCUUCCAGCCGAUGUGGACAACCGUCUCGCUGGCGGCCAGGGUGGAGCUGGAGGCCUUGGAGAAGGUGCAGGCAGCGACUUGUGGUGGUGA